AUAUAUACAUAUAUUAUAUAUAUUCUGUAUAGCCUAAUCAGUAUUUAACCGCUUAUAACCAAAAUUAACUUGGAGUUAUAGAAACACGCAACUCUUCGCCUGCCUAUUAUUAUAUUCUAUCAUUAAACGCCCUCGUUGGAAUUUCCAAGGAAGUGUAUCAUAUAUACAUAUUCAUAGUGUGUCGCGUAUCGUUCCCAUAUCUACUCAUACUUUUACCAAUCAGCGUGAAAAUUGUAUCUUGUACUCGAAAGACAUAAUCUGCCAUAACGUAAUCAAGGCAGAUCAAUUUACCCAAGAAAAAAGACGAAAAAAAACUGCUCUAGCUUCCAUCUCAUUGAAGAUAUAUCAUUGACUGGUGCUACUAAUAUUUUCCACUCCGGAACGCUCAAAUAUUACAUACGAAGUUUUUCAAAGCAUGUACGUCUGGGCAUCCAAUCCUCUCCCAGUUUGGCCUUACGCUCACGCUACUGCCCCUCAUCACGGUCGUAACAUGCCUCCCCCAUCUCCUUCUACCGUUAGUAACACAUCAUCUUCGCAACAUUCCAACAGCACAGGUAGCCCGUCCAGUGGCUCAGGAAGUCCACAGAACAUGACCCUCCAAGGUCCAAUACUUCAGUCGAUGCCACAGGGUAUCUUGAUCAACAACCCUGCGCCAACCCAGACGAUGAACGGUCACUCCGGAUCGGGCGAUCUUAGCAAAACAAACUUAUACAUUCGAGGACUGACUCCAAACACCACCGACGAAGAUCUCGUCGAGCUAUGCAAAUCUUACGGCAAAAUUGUAUCAACGAAAGCUAUCAUUGAUCCGCAAACUAAUUUAUGUAAAGGAUAUGGAUUUGUAGAUUUUGAUAGAUUUGACUCAGCAAAUCAUGCAGUCCAACAAUUAAAAGCAAAGGGGAUUCAAGCUCAAAUGGCAAAGCAACAAGAGCAAGAUCCAACUAAUCUAUAUCUUUCAAACCUCCCUCCUAACUUCAAUGAACACGAUUUGGAACAAAUGCUGCUACCUUUCGGACAAGUGAUCUCCACAAGAAUUUUGCGAGAUAAUAAUGGCGUCAGCAAGGGUGUUGGUUUCGCCAGGAUGGAAUCAAAAGAAAAAUGCGAGCUCAUUAUAGAAAAAUUCAAUGGAAAAUAUCUCGCUAAUGGUACUAAUCAUAGCAGUGAUCCUCUGCUGUGCAAAUUUGCAGAUGGAGGCCCAAAGAAAAACAAACAACAUCAAAAAUUCAUGGGUAACGGUCGAAGCUGGGGUAAUGACUUGCCAUUUCAGUAUGACCCCAUCACCCACAAUGGGAUGGGUGUUAGCCCCAACAGAAUAAUGAUGCAGCCUUACUUAGCUGGACCAGGAAACCCAGCGUACCAAAUUCAAGCCCCACCGGCAUGGGUACAACCCCCGCCUUAUGUGGUUCAAUCCCAUGCCACCAAUUCUGGCACUGUGAUAUCAUCAGUAGAUCCCAACGCAAUGCACAUGCACCCAAGUGUGAUGCCUCAACUUGGACAUCUUACAGCUCAAAUGACGCAGCUUCAACUUUCACACAAUCCUGGCGCCGUUUCGUAUGGACCCAAUGGAGUGCCCGGAUCAUACAUUCCUCAUUAUACUGCAGCUCCAAAUAUGCCUUUGCAGAUUGAAGAAGCUCUAGGUCAUGGAGUCAACCAUCAACCAGUUGUUAGUGCAAAUGAGGAGCAGUAUAGCACAUAAAAGUAAGGGUGUUUGUGCAAUGUUGUUGAGAGCCACAUCGUUCAACAAUGAUGUUGCUGAUUCCAGUGACAUAGAUUCGAGGAAAAAAGACUGAUUCAAAUUGAUUUUGAUAGAAUUAAAUAACAAACAGAAGUGAUCUUCACCAGAGUUUUGUUUUAACGAAAUACGUCACGGUGGGGAUCCAUCGUUGGCUUUCGUGUCGAUAUUUCAAGAAGCGUUUCUCGAUUUUUGCGUUUCAAAUGAAAAGAGAAAAAUUAUUGUUUGUUCGAUUCUUUUCAUGCCUUUUUUCUUUUUUUUUUACAAAAUGUUUGUGCCGUUUUCAAGUGAUGGUUGUUUAUAUAUGUUUUUCGUCAAAUGUCUUUGUCUCGUCACUUCAUUAGGUUUUUUUUAUGAUGGGAGACAAUCCCACUUGUAAAUAGUAAAGUUUUAUCUGAAAAUAUGAAAGAAAUAGAAAAAUAGUAUAGGAUUAUGUUUUUGUUUAUGAUGAAUGAUAAAGCAAUAAUAAGAUUGAUUUUUGAUAGAGUUACGAUUACUCUAAUAAUCAUUUUGCAAAAUUUUUUAAAUUUGAGAUAUUGGUCUGUUACAAUGUGAUGAUCAAAUUUUUCCUGUUUUUGAGUUUUUUCUAUAAAGUUUAGACGUUAUUUAAAUUACCAGAGAAGUUUUAUCAAAAUCUAAAAUCGUUUGUGUUGACUUAGGCUACUUAUUUUUUUGUUGAAUGCCGAAACUUAGAUAGAUAUUUUUUUACUGUUUAUUCAAUAAUGAUUUUGACUUGGAUUUUAUUUGUUAUUAAAGAAAUUGAUUCUCUCACCCUGUAAUAAGAGUAAAAUAUUUAUUUUGCUACCGUAAUUUUACUCAUAAAGCGUUUUGGGGGUAUUGUGACUGGAUGGGAACGCAAGUUCAAUUAUGAUACAUUGCGCCGGCACCUAUUGUCUCUUUCUCCUUCAGGUCAUAAUCCUAUAACAUUCGCUCUUGUAAAUAAUAACUUACUUGAUUAACACUUGAAAAUAAUUUUUAUUAAAAAGGAAUUUAAAGUGUUUAUAUUUUAGUAAAGAUGUUUUCAGUGAUAAAAUUUGUUAUGAUGAUGAAACGUUUUUUUUUCUUUAUUUCCUUGUUUUAAUUAUUUGUCUUAAUUGUUGAAAGUCUACUCCACUCCCCAACUAAUGUUAAUAGUUUAACAUUUCCGUCCUUUCAACUGCUUACCGACAUCAAAACUAUAGAGGAAUAUUAACCAUCCAAAGUGCUAAAUUUUUGUUUAAUGAAACUGUGUUCAAGUAAUCGCAUUACUAUUUCUACGUCAUUCGGUGCUUUGUGACGUCAUAUUUGCAUGUGCUGCUUAAAAUCGUAUAGGUAAUGCGCGAAUAAUUUCGAAUUUCGACAAAAAAAAAUUAAAAUGACCAAACUUCCGUGUAUGGCGAUUUUGUUUUUAUUACGCGCCCUUUUUACAGCCUAGAGUUAUAUAUUAUGCACUUUAAAUCAAGUGUACGUUCAUACCGUUUUGGUGUUUACGAAGUUGAAUGAUUUCUUUAUGAGUGUUCGUUCGUAAGUGAUUGCUUGCCAAAUUGAACAAAAGUCUUCAAAUUUGUUACUCUAUAGUCAGUUUUGUGCUUUUACUUUGUAAAAUACCAAAUUUCAGACUGUUUUAAAUGUAAAUUAUGCUUUUCAGACACUAAUUCGUACAUAUAUUAAUAAUAGACUUUUGUCAACUUAUGCGCCUCAUUUGAAAAAUGUGAUCUUCCCUUUUUAUAUGAAAAAAACGUGUAAAUUCCGAUUUUUACAAAAAUUACGACAUUUUUACUGUGAUUUUAUCCAUAUUCUGUGACUAAAUCUUCACAGGCGCAAAACUGUUCUUACCGGCAUUCCCGACGAGAGAUCUCUCCCGCCCUUCUUGGCCGAGAAAAACGGAUAGAAGAGAAAAUCUCGUUGGGCGUGGUUUUUAUUCUCCCCCAAUCAAUUACAAUUAUCUCGUCACAGAUUCUCUCUUUUUACUUCUUUUUGUUGCUUUUUAAUAGCAAUCACGGACGACGGUUUUGAAAGCCAUCUCCGUCCGUAAAAAUGUUGGUUUUCAUUUGUAAAUAAAUGAAAGCAAUCUUGA